ACACGUUGAACAGUUUUGGACCAAUUCAAUUAACACAAAAUUCCAAAUUGCAGAUAUGAAUAACCGAUUCAAAGAGACGAAGAAAAAUGACAAAGAUAUGGAGUCGAGUAGCAGUUGCAACUGGAAGAUGCCGGUGCUGCCACCGCCACUGCCGAUCUUUGGACUGGUAUCCAGGGAGAAGCCCUGGCCGCGCAAGUCUCAACAAUGUGUAUAUUAUAGCACCGAUUGUGAUAAGACGGCGCUGAUCAAUAAUUUUCAGAAACGGGGCUGGCAGAGAGUGCCCGCCUUUGAUGGCGAAUGGAAUCUGUACUGGGCCUACUCCCAGAAUUGUCGCUACAUCUUUGGGGUCGAUCAUCCCUACCGCAUGCGAUCCGAUCAAAUGAUCAAUCACUUUCCCAACUCGAUAGAGCUGUCGCGCAAGGAUCUGCUUGUGAAGAAUAUAAAGCGCUACCGCAAGGACCUGGAGCGCAAGGGCGACGCACUGGCCGACCAACAUCCGAUGCAAACGAAACUGGGCAACGGUGGCACACGAUACAUGCACCUGGACAUAAUACCCAUCACAUUUGUACUGCCCUCCGAUUACAAUCUGUUUGUGCAGGAAUUUCACAAGAAUCCGGCCAGCACUUGGAUCGUUAAGCCAUCGCAUAAAUCUCAAGGUGUUGGCAUCUAUUUGAUCAACAAACUAUCAAAGCUAAAAAGAUACGCGUAUGAGGCGCGCAAGUUCUAUCCACACUUCCAUCGCGACACCUGCAUCAUCUCCAAAUAUAUUGAUAAUCCCCUACUGAUUGGCGGCAAGAAGUUCGAUCUGCGUCUGUACGUGCUAGUCACCGCAUUCAAUCCGAUCAAGGCCUAUCUGUAUAAUGAGGGAUUUUGUCGGUUUUGCACACAGAGAUACGAUCAAGCCGAGAUCGAUAAUGUCUUUAUGCAUCUCACAAAUGUUAGCAUACAAAAGAAUAAUAAAGAGUACAACACCAUACAUGGUGGCAAGUGGUCCAUGCAGAAUCUAUGUCUCUAUUUGGAUAGCAUACGAGGCGAGGGCGUUUCGAAGCAGCUCUCACAACGCAUUUCGGAGACGAUACGCCACUCACUGGACGCUGUGGCGCCGGUGAUGGCCAACGAUCGGCAUUGCUUUGAGGUCUACGGCUAUGAUAUCAUUAUCGAUAACAAUCUAAAGCCAUGGCUCAUCGAGAUCAAUACAUCUCCAUCGAUUCACUCGACCACCAAAAAUGAUUGCACACUGAAGACCCGUCUGAUUGAUAAUGUUCUGGACGUGGUCAUACCACCCAGCGGAAUGCCCGAUGAACGCUGGUCCAAAACACCCAGCCUGGAAUCGCUGAAGAACUUUACUCUGCUAACGCCGAUCGUGCUACCAAAGUCCCAGAAACUGCACACGACAACAGUGGCACCAUCAGCGCUAGCAGGGACCGCGGCACCACUGCAACCAAGAAAAUUAGCUAAGAGGAAAAUCAAGAAUUAUCCGAAACGUUUAGUGGAUGGCGCUAACUCUGUCACGGCGUCCAAAGGUCUUUCCAAACUUACACUGCUGCCUCGGACACCAACUCUGUCGAAGCCAGCAGCAGCGCAGAAGAAAAUAUCUCAUAUCAAGAACCCCGGAGAGCCAAAAACAAUGUCGAAAAUCUUAUCAAAACGCAAUGAGGAUGCGUUGUCCAAAGACGUGUGGAAAUAAAUCGGCUUAUAUCGGCAGAUAUAUUGUGAAUAAGUGAGUGGUCCAAAAAAAUAUUCAAAUAUUGAAGUGCAGAUAAAAUUGUGUAUCUCAAAAA